UUAAUUUAAUUUACACAAUUGGACCAUAGUAGAUCAGCAAUUAGUCAGUAUACAAAAAUACUGCAUAUAAUAUGUCCAAGAUGUAAUUUUAUGAUAUGAAAUCAUAACCCUAUAGUUUAAUUUAUUUUAACAAAUAGGGCAUUAAACUUAAAUGUGAACAUGUAGUUAAAAGCUUAAAAAAAUAUUAUAAUUUGUUACAUUAUUCAUUAAUUACACAAAUAUUAUGUGUUAGGUGAGAUGUGACUAAGUGAGCAUUACCUACAAUAGUACUAUACAAUUAUUAUAAUUUUAAAUUUACUACUGAACUGUAAUACAUACCUUUUCACUUUUGUUAUCAUCUUAUCAUUGUACAUUAUCACCAUUUAUGUAAGUUACCAUAGCUAUUUUUUUACCACGCUUUUUUGGUUUUGGUUUUGAUUUUUUCACAAUAUUUAGAAAUUAGUUCGUUUGCAUGUCAUUAUACACGAGGAAACUGAAAAAUCUAUACUGAAUGGCAUCUAGUUUUGCACAUCAAUACUAAGAAAUUCAGUACUUCAAAAGUAAUGGCUAAAAGCAAAUAUGAAUAUGUACGAACAUUUGAGUUUGAAGACAGAUGCUUACAGAAUUGUUGGAUCGUUGUGCGAUUGGAUGGCCGUUCGUUUCAUAGGUUUACAUCUUCACAUAAAUUUGAAAAACCAAAUGAUAAAAGAGCUUUGGAAUUAAUGAACAGAUCAGCUGCAGCAGUUAUGGAAGAAUUCAGGGACGUGUCUUUAGCAUAUGGACAGAGUGAUGAAUAUAGUUUUAUACUCAGGAAAAAUACAGAUCUUUAUAAUAGACGGCAGUCAAAAAUUAUGACUGCAAUUAACAGCAUAUUUUCUGCUUCAUAUGUAUACUACUGGAAUACAUAUUUUGAAGAUAAGAAACUUUUAUAUCCACCGUCAUUUGAUGCUCGAAUUGUUUUAUAUCCAACUGAUCAAAAUUUACGCGAUUACUUAAGUUGGCGCCAAGCAGAUACUCACAUUAAUAAUUUAUACAACACAGCAUUUUGGGGACUUAUUUUAAAGAAAGGAUUAUCAAAUAAUGAGGCUGAAAAAAUAUUGAGUGGAACUGUGUCAUCAGAAAAAAAUGAAAUAUUAUUUAAAGAGUGUGGAACUAAUUAUAAUAAUGAAUUACCAAUUUAUAGAAAAGGUACAGUGUUAGUAAGAAAAAUUGUUAAUUUACCUCCAUCUAAAUCCAAGAAACACGUCAUAUGUCCAUUACAUGUAGAUAUUAUAGGUGAUGAUUUCUGGGAAGAAUAUGAUGAAAUAUUAAGUUUAAAGGAUCUAAAAUUAAAUAAAGACUUUAAGACAGAUGAAAGUUUUUACUUGGUAAAACGUUCUUGAUUUUUUUUUUUUUACAAAUAUGAAUUUAAUAUUUAACAUAAAUAUGUAUAAUUAUAUAAUUUUUGAGAAUAAAAAACUGAUAUAUGAUAAUUGGUUAUUUUUAAAUUGUUAAUUUAGUACA